AUAUAUUCAUUUUAAAUUCCAACUCACCACAAUUCGAUUCUACGCAUCUAUCUAUAUAAUUAUAAUCCAAACCCUUAUCCAAUUCAUCUCACUUCACACAAAUUUUAUAUCUACAUUCCAAAAUAUGGCAUUUUCAACUUCAUCUUGCUUCUUCACUUCCCCCAAUUUCUCCACCAAUCAACACCCAUUAACGCCGUCAACCUCCGCCAGAAGCGCCAAAUCUCGGAUUUCAGCCACUUACGCAACCGCCACUCCCAGAUCUUCACGCAUUGCUACCCAACAAUCGUCACUAUACGAAGUGCUCGGGAUCCAAAUCGGAGCUGAUACGGUUGAGAUCAAGGCUGCGUACCGGAGAUUGGCGAGAGUUUUGCAUCCGGAUGUAAGAGACCAUGAUUCGUCAGCUGAUGAGUUCAUGAAGGUGCAUUCUGCCUACGCGACCUUGUCGGAUCCAGGAAAACGAGCCGAUUAUGAUCGGAGUCUGUUCGGGAGACAGAAAGUGGCUGUUAGGAGCUCCUCGUCGUCGGCGGAAUUCACCGGAUACAGUGGCCGGAGAUGGGAAACAGAUCAGUGCUGGUAGUUUGAGGUGGAGAUUGGUGUCUGACUGUUUGUAUGUACAUAUGUAGUAGCUCAUAGAUUAGCUUAAAACUGAAUUGCAAUUUACUUGGCCAUAUUUCAAAGCCAUGGUAUUGAAUAUUCAACAUCGAAGUAAGUAAGUAAAGUACUGAUAUUGAUGAA